GAAAAACUAUCUAAAUUCAUUUUAUUUUAUAAUUAAAGAAAGUUAACUUGAAACAAAUAUAAUAUCAACUGGAGGGUAAUAUUGGGCUCUCAAUAUGGCUGAAGCCCAUCAAGCCGUAGCUUUCUCAUUUGCCAUUACCCAUGAAGGUUUUGACAUCAAUUACGACCAAGAAGUCUUAAAUUUAGUAUGGAAUUCUGGUAUACGUUCUUGGAAGAAACGUUUAGCGCGAGCUAAUAAUGGCAUCCGAAAUGGCGUCUAUCCGGCUCAUAUACAAAGUUUAUGGGUGAUAACAGCCAUUGCUUUGGGCUUGCAUUUUGCCGGUCUACACGUACCUUUUAAUUUAGUUAAUCGUUUACUCAUAAAUUUUCCCUCGAAUACAAUAAAUUGGCAAAUAUUGGCCUGUUUUCUGGCCUCACUGUUCGUCUGGUUAUCAAUAUGUUUUACAAUGCGUUACACGCUAAAGCUGCUAUUAAUGUAUAAAGGCUGGAUGUAUGAAUCUCGAGCGCCGGGCAGUAAAGUAUCUUUACGAACGAAAUUAUGGGCCGGUGCUGUGAAAUUAUUCUCAAGUUGGAAUAAACCUGGUUUAUAUAGUUUUCAAGGUUCGCUGCCUAGAUUACCAGCGCCAUCUGUUCACGACACUAUGACACGGUAUUUACGAUCGGUGCGUCCAUUAUUGGAUGAUGAGAAAUAUAAAAAAAUGGAACGAUUAGCCAGUGAGUUUGAGCAUACAAUUGGUAAAAAGCUUCAAUGGUAUUUGAUAUUGAAAAGUUGGUGGUCCACGAAUUAUGUAUCGGAUUGGUGGGAGGAAUAUGUUUAUCUAAGAGGACGUAGUCCUUUAAUGAUUAAUAGCAACUUUUAUGGAACUGAUGCUAUAUUCAUGAAUUUGACGCAAAAUCAAGCGGCCCGGGCAGCUAAUGUUAUAUACCUAUUGUUAUGCUUUAGACGUUCGAUAGAAAGGCAAGAAAUGCAACCGAUAUUGAUUCAAGGCAUGAUUCCAUUGUGUUCUUGGCAAUAUGAACGCACUUUUAAUACGGUUCGAGUGCCCGGUUUAGAGACAGAUCGUAUUGUCCACUAUCGGGAUUCAAAUCAUGUUGUUGUCUUGCAUAAAGGUUGCUAUUACAAAGUGCCCAUAUAUCAUAAGGGUCGCUUGUUAAGACCCUGCGAAAUGCAAGUACAAAUAGAAGAAAUACUCAAGUCAACUGCUACGCCAAUGCCUGGAGAGAAAUAUUUGGCCGCUUUAACGGCUUGGGAUCGUUCUAAAUGGGCUGAGACACGUAACACUUAUUUCAUUCGAGGUCCUAAUCGCGUUUCCUUGAAUGCGAUUGAAACGGCCGCCUUCGUUGUGUCUUUGGAUGAAAAGCCCUACGAAUUCGAUUUGCAGCGUCCCGAGCUGCUCGAUGAAUUCGGUCGGACAUUAUUGCAUGGCAAUGGCUAUAAUCGUUGGUUUGAUAAAAGUUUUACCGUAUGCGUGGGUACGAAUGGACGAGUGGGUUUCAAUGCCGAACAUACUUGGGCUGAUGCUCCGGUGAUGGGUCACACUUGGGAAUAUAUAUUUGCUGAUGAUAUUGAUGGAUAUGAUGAGAAUGGUAACACCAAAGGCAUACCAGAAUUUCAACCGCCCUCACCUGUACAUCUUAGUUGGGCACUGGAACCGUGCUUGGAUCGCAUAGAGGAGGCAACUUUAGCAGCUGAUAAACUAAUAAGUGAUAUUGAUUUAAGAAUUUUGGUACACAAUCAAUAUGGUAAAGGAUUUAUGAAGAAAUGCCGCUUAUCACCAGAUGCUUAUAUACAAAUGGCUUUGCAGUUGGCUUAUUAUCGGGAUGCUGGGCGGUUCUCUUUAACCUAUGAAGCUUCAAUGACUCGUCUAUUCCGCGAAGGACGUACCGAAACAGUACGUCCAUGCACCAUAGAAUCGGCAGCUUGGGUCAAGGCAAUGGAUGAUACCACAAAAACGAUUGCUGAACGUGUGACCUUAUUAAAGGAAGCAUGCGAACGCCAUCAGUUGGGCUAUCAGGACGCGAUGUGUGGCAAUGGCAUUGAUCGACAUUUGUUUUGCUUAUAUGUGGUGUCCAAGUAUUUGGAAGUCGAUUCUCCCUUCCUCAAUGAGGUUUUAAGCGAACCUUGGCGUUUGUCCACUAGUCAAACUCCUCACGGGCAAACACCGAAAAUGGAUUUGAAAAAACAUCCUCAGUGCAUUAGUUCGGGCGGAGGUUUUGGACCCGUAGCUGAUGACGGUUACGGUGUUUCAUACAUUAUUGCCGGUGAAGACCUAAUAUUCUUUCACAUUUCCGCCAAAAAGUCAUGCGAAACAACUGAUGCACAUCGUUUCGCUGACAACAUUUGCAGAGCAUUGGCCGAUAUACGUGCUAUGUUUGAGUUGCAUAUGAAACAAAAUCCUACCGUUAGUAAAAAAACUGUGACCAAUGGUUCAUCCAGCAACACUGACUCGACAAAAUCGAAUUAAUGAAAUUUCUUAAGUUUUAAGUAAACUUGUUAUAACUGACUUUCGUCUAUUAUUGAAAUUAAUUGUUUAGCCUUUCAUCUCAAAUUAAUUUUCUUUUUCCCGGCAAUAAUUAAUGUUUAAGUUUACAAAAAUGAUAAUAAUGUAAGUUUUAAGUAUAACUAUAAGUAGCAUUCAAUUUUAUUUUUACUUACUUAAUCUAAGGAAACAUUAAAAGAAAACAUUUUUGUAGUUUAAUUUUUAAAAAUCGAAGAGCAAUCGCCCAUCUUCUUAGAAAUUGUUUAUAUAAUUGUUUCUGUUUUCAAUUUAUUUUUUUCCUUAAAAAAAAAUAC